GUUAUUUCGGUUAAUUCGCUUAUUUUUUUUGUGAGAUGACAAAAAAAGGUUUUAUAUAUAAGAUAUAAAUGUGUUAUUUUUCGCACAUAUCAAUUUUUAUGCAAAAGGUAUUGUGGGUUAUGUAGUUUGAGAUGAUGAAUUCAUUCUUACCUAUUUGAGUACUUGUUGUAUUUAUUUAGAUAAUUUUGGAAAUUUCUGGAGUUGAAUUUAUUUGCAUAGUAAAACCCCAGCCCUUUUGUAAUUUGACAACCUAUUAAGUUCCAUCAGCAUGACCUGUGUAAAAUUGAUCUAUAUAAUAUUUUGUCUGUCUGUUCAAGUUGGCUGCCCCACUGCUUUAUUUUAAACCCCCGUCAGAGUAAUUUAAUUCACUUCAUGUUAUCAAACAAACAAAAUGCACGAAAUAUGGAUACAAGUAUAAUGUACGACAGGAGAAAAUUUGAUGGUCAGUAAAAAUAAUGAAGUCUUUUUUUGUCUAUUAUUAUCUAUGGGAAGUCUGUAAAAUAUUUUAGUGCAAAAAAGAAUUCAUGGUUUUUAUGUUUUUUUUUAGAAAUUUAUACAAUAGUGUUUAAGCAGAUGAUAUAUAAAAAUCUUUAAUUUGAAAUAAAAAGGAUUUACCUACCAAACUUGUUACAUCAGAGGUGAAAGUAAUGCAUUGAAAGAUUUUUCACAUCAAGACAUUGGAAAGAGGAAAAUUUUUGUCAGUGAGACGAUCUAACUGCUGUAUUAAAAAUGACGAUGAAAUGUGUGGCUGUUGGUGAUACAGGAGUCGGAAGAACGUCUUUGCUUAUAACGUAUUCAACGAAACCAGAAAUAUUCUUAUUCAACGAUGAAAGGACAGAUCACAUGUGUUGUUGUUAGCGACAGUCGAAAGGAAAAGUGUUAGAACUUAAAAAGAUGAGCAAAGAAAUAAAAUGUGUAGUUGUUGCUGACAUAGGCGUUGGAAGAACUACCUUGCUUAUAACGUAUGCAACUAAACAGUUUCCAACCGAAUAUAUUCCCACUGUCUUCGAUAAUUACGUGGUGGAUGUGGAACUGAAAGAGAGUGAAGAAUCGGCACGUGUUGGUUUGAUGGAAGCUGCUAAUCAUUUUGAGGAGGAAGAAAGACUGAGACCUCUAAUUUAUCCUCAAACAGAUGUGUUUUUGAUAUGUUUCUCGUUAUCAAAUCAAAAAUCCUAUGAACACGUGCGUACAAAAUGGCAUCCAGAACUUAAAAGAUAUCGUCCUACUGCAGCUAUCGUGUUAGUUGGUACAAAACUUGACACACGAAACGAUAAAGAGUAUGCUGAGAAACAUGAAAAAGAAGGGAGAAAGAUAAUUACAACAGAAGAAGGAAUAGAACUAGCGAAAAAAAUAGGAGCUGUGAAGUAUUUAGAAUGUUCUGCAUUGACACAACAAGGUGUAAAUGAAGUAUUUGAUGAAGUAGCUAGAGCUGGGUUAAAUGUUUUGAAAACAACUCAUACUCCAACUCAAAGAAAAAAAUGUACAUUGUUAUAAUUUAUUAGUAAUAUUAUAUUAAGACGUUUACACCAUCCGUUAAUUGUUGAUGCUGAUGGAAGGAUGUCUUGUGCAUUACAUAAAAAAAAUCAAUAACAGAGAUAGCUUUUUUUAUGUGUUGGUGGCGCUAAACGAAAUACUUCAGCACAAUAGACCAUCAACUAUUUUAGAUAAACAAAUUAUUUGCUUCAGUUUGAGGAAUAUAUUUCCGCGGACGACUAGACCUUUUCAGCAUCCGCGGAAUUUAUUUAUGCAGAUGUUAAAGAUCAAGGAAAUAUAGCUUUCGACAAAGAA